AUUCAACUGUUAAUAAAAAAAUUGAAAAUAAUUAAGGAGUCGUUUAUUAGAAGUCUGUUCACGCUGUAUUUCUUCUUAAAAAAGCACUAAUUAUGUCCGUUCCUGAUCAUUUAAAAAAAAAUCACCCUUUCCCGGAUUAUUUUUAAAUUUAUGUCUGUUUUUGCCGAGAGAAAUUAGGGAAAACAGAGAAGAUAAAAAGGGAAAAAUCAAACGGAUAAAGCCCAGAAAGAGCCAAAACAACUCCUUCUUUAGUCCUUCUUCUCUCUCUCUCUCUCGCUCUCGCUCUCUCUCUCUCUGUCUCGUUUCAUAUAUUAUAUCAUCAUUUUCUGAAAAAGAUUGUAUUUUUAUUAUUAUAUUCCGGGUUUGGCUCACUCACUCCCUCAGCUGAGCUUGUGGCGUGUGCAUCUGCUUGUGUUAUUCUCGAAAUAUAUCCUUUUGAAGGGUCUCUCUCUGUUUGUGUUUCUUUGCGUGCAGUUUUCUGGUGGGUAAAGUUAAAACUCUUUCUCUCUCUAUCUCUAGCUCCCUUGGUGCAAGUUCUUUAGGUUUAUUAAUUUCUCGCUCUGCUGCUUCGUGGGUGGAAGUUAGGUGAAACAGGGUUGUUGUUGGUUUGUGGUGGUGCAAGAGGACCGACAUGGCGAACUCGGCGGAGAAGAAGGAAGAGACGAAUACUCCAAUCAAGGGCGACGAGGGUUUCUCGGUCGAGCUCCCUGCUCCUUCCGGCUGGAAGAAGAUGUUUUCCCCCAGUAAGAAGAAGAGUGAGAUCACAUUCAUCUCCCCAACUGGAGAGGAAAUCACUGGUAGAAGACAGUUAGAACAGUACCUCAAGGCACAUCCUGGUGGCCUAGCCACAUCCGACUUUGACUGGGGCACUGGUGAGACCCCAAGGCGGUCGGCCAGGAUCAGUGAGAAGGUGAAGGCUACUCCAUCUCCACAAAAGGAGCCCCCAAAGAAGCGUGGCAAGAAAUCCACAUCAGCUGCCAAAAAAGAGAACAAAGAAACAGGAUCUGGCGAUGAAGCAACUGAGGAGGCCAAAGACUCCACUAUGGAGGAAGCUGAAAAAACUGGGAAGGAUGAUGCCGAGGCAGAAAACAUAGUGAAUGCUGUGAAAGACAACCAGAAUGAUGGUGAAGAAAAAGCACAAGAUCCCGAUGUAAAGAUGGAUGCAGCUGAUGGAGCUCCAUCCCAGAAGGAAGCUGACGAGGCUGAAGGUCAGCAGAAGGGGAGCUCUGAUGCUGUGGCUGAGAAUGAAAGUGAAAAGAAGACCGAGGCUGAGGCUGAAAAGACUCAGGAAAAGGAAGAGCAACCACAAGCUGAGGCAGCAGCCACUAAUGCAGAGGAGAAGAAGACUGAAGCUGAAGGGGAGGAGAAACAUGAGCAAACCAACGAAAGCGAACCAGCAUCUGAAGGAGAGUCCAACAAGGACAAAGAGGAAGCAGCAAAUGGGAGUGCCAAGAAACCAGAUGAGAUAACCACCAUUCAGCCAACUGAGAAAGUUGAAGGAGCAUCAGUUGAGAAUGGCAGCCAUGCUGCUACUGCAACUGUUACCGCUACCUGAUGAUGAAAUUCCUUGUUCGAGGACUUUCAUUUUGUUGUUGUUCUUUUGUUAAUGUCGCCACCCUUUCUUUUCCCUCUGAUCAUUUUAGGCCUGUGAGUAUUUUGGAUGACUGUAGUAGCUGUAAUGUUGUAAGGAGUUAGCAUCAUCGAGCUCUCUGAUUGUUCAUUCAGACAGUGGUAUGAUAUAACUACAGAUUAGGUGUGCAUUGUAGCAAAGCUCCUGAGCGAGAGUCAAGUAGAAAGAAAGACACCGACACAACUUGUUAGCUUUUAGUAAGUAAGAAUUGUAACAGUUGUAUGCUGUCGGAUUACUGCCAUGUAAUGCAGUCAUGGGAAUAAGCUCUGUAUUAGAGA